AUGCGAGCUCGUACUGUUUCGGCCACCGGGCUGACACUCACGCGACCGUCCUCAACCUCCGUGUGCUCUCAAUGCCUCCAUGAAGACCUCCUCUCGUCCUAUACCCUCAUUCAAUCCCGAAAAUACCACCCAACCCGUCGGAAGGAUGCUUCACCAUUUGGUGCUGCCGUGUCAGCUGCGCAGGCCAUCUUCAAGGGAAUGCCAAAGGCACCCCCGGGCAUCUCAGUCGACCCAUUACGCAUGGUUGGCAAGGAAUUGAAGUUUCUCAGCAAGAACAUCCGCCAAUUGCUAGGAUCAGGUCAUCCGGCCUUGGAUAAGGUGGCUAAAUACUAUACACACAGCGAGGGCAAGCACAUGCGGCCGAUGCUCGUCCUGCUCAUGUCCCAGGCGACAGCAUUGGACCCUCGCAAGCAAACCAAUCCCGCCAGCCCGAGCCCUGUCGAUAACCCGCUCAGCUCACCAUCAAUUCUUGACGACUCCAAUCCAAGCAUUAAUCCCCUCGUGUCGCAGAGUUCCGAGGGCAACUACAACUUUGCUGGUGACGACAAUAUCCUCCCUUCACAGCGCCGUCUAGCUGAGAUCACCGAACUUAUUCAUACUGCCUCCCUCCUUCACGACGAUGUUAUCGAUAACGCCGUAACCCGUCGCGCUAACAGCUCGGCCAACUUAGCCUUCGGAAACAAGAUGGCGGUGCUGGCAGGUGAUUUCUUGCUCGGCCGUGCUUCUGUGGCUUUGGCUCGGCUGCGCGACCCCGAAGUCACCGAGCUCAUGGCUACUGUGAUCGCCAACCUAGUGGAGGGCGAGUUCAUGCAGUUGAAAAAUACGGCCCAGGACGAGGCCAAUCCGCAAUACACCGAUGAGACUUUGGCCUACUACCUGCAGAAGACCUAUCUGAAGACUGCCAGUCUGAUCAGCAAGUCGUGCCGUUCUGCCGCUGUCCUUGGUCGCAGUGCCCCUGAGGUUAUUGAGGCCUCCUACGCGUAUGGUCGUAACCUGGGCCUGGCUUUCCAGCUGGUUGAUGAUUUGCUGGACUACACCGUUACCGAGGCCGAGCUAGGCAAAGCUUCCGGAGCUGAUUUGGAGCUGGGUUUGGCUACUGCCCCAUUGCUGUUUGCUUGGAAAAGCAACCCUGAACUAGGACCUUUGGUUGGCCGCAAGUUCCGUGAGGAAGGUGAUGUGCAGAGGGCCCGUGAGAUCGUCUACCGCAGCGAUGGUGUGGAGCAAACGCGACGCUUGGCCCAGGAAUACGCCGACAAGGCGGUCGAGGCUAUCAGCGACUUCCCUGAUUGCGAGGCCAAGACAGGGCUGAUCGACAUGUGCGACAAGACCAUGCGGCGGCGAAAGUAA